UGGGAAUGUUCCUGGAAAGCAGUGCGCUGCUUCAGUACGGAGGAAAGAGUGUACAAAAACACACACACACACACACACACACACACGCUCACACACACACAUACACAGGAUCCUGCCGUGGACACACACCAGAAGACAUUCGGUCAUGAUCCUCUGAUUCAUUUCAAAAUGCUUUUUCAAUCCCAACAUACACACGCACACGUAUAAAGUGGAGAGGACUUCGGUUCAGGGCUGGUCAACACGAGGUCUCCAUGAAGCCUGGACUCAGGAGCUUUCUGCUUUAGGAAACAGCAAAAUACACCGAUUGUUCCUGAAUUUGUUUUCCAGGUUUUUUUUUUUUUUUUGGUGAGAGCAGCAUUAUUCCUAAAAACAAACCAUUCUGGAACCUGGAGAUGAAUAAAGAACAGGAACAGGGUGUUUGUAGGAUCUGCUGAAGUUGACGCAGUGCUUCAUUGAAUCUGUAACUGCAUGGAAAAGAUUUUGGAUGGGGCACACACAGUGCGUCUCCAAGUCAGCGAAGAACGAAGCGUUCGUGGCCCCGAGUGGAAACUGCAGGCUCGAUGAGCACCGUGCCGAGCAGCCCUGGAAUCCUGAGAUCGACCCGGACCUCAAUCCUGAAAAACUUGAUCGUGGAAUACGAGUAAAGGAGCGCAGGCUGGAGCCGAACCGAGUGGAUUCAUCCGAGGAAGCCCAGAGAUUACAGAAUGCUAUGACGCACCUUCACGAGUCGGGCUGGUACUGGGGCUCGAUAACGGCAGCCGAGGCUAAGCAGCUUCUGAACGAGGCUCUGUUUGGAUCCUUCCUCAUAAGAGACAGCUCGAACCCGGGGUACCUCCUCACACUAUCGGUGAAAACCGAGCUCGGGCCUACGCACCUGCGUAUCGAGUACUCAAACGGUCACUUCGGCUUCGACUCGGUAGUGAUGGCUCGGCCUCAUCUCCGCCAGUUUAAGGGAGCGGUGGACUUGGUGCAGUAUUACACUCUGGCUUAUCGCAGGCAGGUGGCACACCGAGAGCUCGGUUCGGACCCCGAUACCCCUCCGACCGGCACGACGGAAAACACACUGCAGCUGAAACUCGCCAAUCCGCUGCGCAAGGAGGCACCCAGUUUACAGCACCUGUGUCGUGUCCUUAUAAACCAGCACUCUCACGACCACAGAGAUCUACCUUUACCUGAAAAGCUGAAAGACUACCUGCGGGAAUAUCCGUUUGUACUCUAGACCGUCUGCAGUAUUCAGUUUUAUUUGUUAUUUCAAUAUUUCCUGAUAUAAUCCGGCAAAAUUUUGGGCUCCUCCCCCAAAGUCCUCAGAAUAUUUCAUACCAGAUCAAUCAUCACAAGCUGAUCUCACACAUAAUCCAUUAUAUCACAUCGGAUUUGGUAUAAUUCUAGUUUAUUUAUCUACUAGCACUAACCCCGCCCCCUCACCCAUACCUCAACCAAUCAGAGCUUUAUAUAUGAUCUGGAUCAUGAGUUCUUGCAAAUCAAACUCACACACAGACACACAGACACACAGACACACACACACACAGACACACACACACACACACACACACACACACAAGCCAUAGUUUUUAAAUCAUUAUAAAAUAUGAAUUUAUGCUAUUAAAUUAUUCUUGAUAUUAUCAUAUUGGAUUUUUGUAAAAAA